AUGGAGCCCUCCGCAUCAGCUCGCCUGUUCGGCAUCCCCGAGCUGGCCUCCAUUGUCGGAUCACAUCUCAAGAAGAAGGACAUCUCCCCCCUGAUGAUGACCAGUCGCCGGAUGCACGAAGCAAUGGCACCCAUCUUUUACAAGAACCUCAUCACAACCUACGACAGCAGCAGGGGCACCAACCUGCAAGAAUCCCCCGACGGAUUGAACGCCUUGGCGAGGAACAUUCAUUAUGUCAAGUCUUGGUCUAGUAGCCUUCUCUUCUUUGUCUACUAUUACCACGCCACCACCGCCUAUUACGACAGCAACAACACCAACAGCACCACCGCUACUGCGACGAUUUCUUCGCUCGUUACUCUGCCGACGGAAACCAUCCCAGGAACCCCACAGCAAUUCUCUUCCAAAACUCUCGAUCUGGUCCAAUUAGUCCCUCUGCCGGCAAUGACUCGGUUGACCAAGCUCAAACUGACGUUUUCUUUGGGACUCUUCGAGCUCAGAUGUCCGUACAAUCUCCCCAACUACAACAACCCGCAGACGUCAGCCAUUCGCCUCUGCGGACUUCUUCAACUUUUACCACAACUUUGCGACCUGUCUCUGUGCACAUUAUCGGUCAGGAACUCAUGGAGCGCCCAACUCAUCACAUCGGCACUGCUGGGCAUGACCAAUCUGAAGCAACUGCGCAUUACCCUCGCUGGCAAAGUUCGUUAUCCAGGAAUCAUAACACUGCUCUUUUUCAGCUGCCCACCAUCGAUCGAGCGACUGCACAUUGGCUUUGCGCACCCCCGUGAGUUUGAAAUCUUUGACGACUCUGACAUGGGCACUGGAGAGGUGGAGCAGGAUGCGGAAAGAUUGUUUUCGAGAAGGACAUCCCCAUUGAUUAAUAUUAGAGAACUGACUCUGGUUCGUUGGACGGACCGAACCACAACGGAGGAGUUCCUUUCAAUCUUUCGGCAAUGUCCAGGACUGGAAAAACUUGAUAUUAUUUUCUCAGUUGUUCCGGCUGGGGUGGAUGGAGCGGAUAUUGGCCGGAUCUGUCCCAACUUGCGCGAUAUCGUAUACCUAGGACCAGACGACGACCCGGGUGGCAAAGAGAUGUGGCCAUUGAAGGUCAUGGAGGUCUUACCAGAGGCUCAGAUAGAGACCUUGGCCUUUUCCUGGACCCUUAACCGACAAGUGGAAGGAACUGUUGUAAGAACGACCAUCCUGCGACAUUCUCACUCCCUUCGGAAGAUCAGGAUCACCGCACAUAUUACCAGCUCAGCUAUACGAAUGAUCCCGGAGACGUGCGGGGUUCUAGAAGCCAUUCAUAUUCUUCGUUCAACCAUCGACCUGUCUGAUGCAGCCGGGUCGCCUUGGGCAAGCAGCAAGAUCAUUCGUUUGUCGCUAAGUGUCGCCGUCACCAUGCCUUCGUUGUCCCUUCCUGCCGACAUCCAAUAUAUACCAUCCUACCUCAAGACGCCGCCAACCCCCCUAUCACAGGACGAGGAACACAUUUUCACGCAACUCGAGGUUUUUUACAGGCAGAUUGGGAAGCAAACGAAUAUGGAGGCUCUUCGCCUUGACAGACCAGCGAAUAACAAACCUAUAGCGCGUAACCUGGCCGGUGAAAAGGUCCCGUUCCCAGGUUUGUUGUCUUUGAAGGGGAAUGUGGCGGGUCGACCUGGUUAUCUGGAUUUGUUGGGGGGUCUGAGCCAGCUGAAGAAUGUUGGCAAGGGUGUUGUUCCAGAGACUUGGGACUACAAGAUGGCAGAGUGUGCGCCGGAGGUUGACUGGAUUCUUGAGCAUUGGCCACGUCUGUCGUUUGAUGUGUGCAGUUUCUUCCCGCGUUCCAGAGUUCCUCCGCACCGUGUUCAUAUUCCUUCACACUAUGCUGUGUAUGUUGUGUAA